CAAUGGCGUCCCAGAAUCGAAGCUUGGUUUGUAUUUGGUUGCAGAGUCGAGAAGCGAACUAACGUAAUGAGAGAUUAGUUUGUGCAAGUCACAUUCAUUUGUUGCACAAAUCCGGAACAUUUAGCCUGACGUUGAAAUAUAUCCCCCACGUAUGUUUUAAUCAUUCACUUGUAUGCAGAUUGGUCUCCCACUCCCGUCAUCCUGACUCAGAGCAGCAGACAUGGUAGAGCCAUCAACACAGAAGUUUGCGUCCUUAGAAGAGGAGCUGGGCUUCUGGAAGGAGCAGGCAGAGAGACACCAGCAAAGGGCUGAUGAGGCACAAGAGGAGCUGCAGGAGUUUCAGCAGAUGAGUCGAGACUAUGAGGCAGAACUGGAAACUGAGCUGAAGCAGUGUGAGGGCCGGAACAAAGAGCUGCUUUUAGACAACAACCGACUCCGCAUGGAACUGGACAACAUAAAGGAGAAAUACGAGUCCCAGCAUUCUGAUGCUUUGAGGCACAUCUCGACCAUGGAGGAAGAUCUAGCAGAGACCCGAGCAGUCAGAGAUCAUCUACAGAAAUACAUCAGAGAGCUUGAACAGUCCAAUGAUGACCUAGAGAGGACAAAAAGGGCUACCAUCAUGUCUCUGGAGGACUUUGAGCAGCGCAUGAACCACGUCAUUGAGAGGAAUGCCUUUCUAGAAAGUGAGCUGGAUGAGAAAGAGAACCUGCUUGAGUCAGUUCAGAGGCUCAAAGACGAAGCCAGAGACCUUCGUCAGGAGCUAGCUGUACGCCAGAAGGAAAGACGGCCCUCCAGCAGCCUGGGCAAAGACACAGAUCGAUCAGAUCUGUCCACAGCUAGUAACCCAACCAUCCCCGUCACACCCUCCAAACCUAUUAGCUCAUUUGUCACGCCCCCUGCUUCCAGCAUCCGACGAGGUGAUGGUCUAACAGGGACUCCCCUCACUACGUCUGCUAGAAUAUCUGCACUAAACAUCGUGGGGGAGCUGCUGAGAAAAGUUGGAAAUCUGGAGACCAAAUUGGCAUCAUGUCGAGACUUUGUGUACGACACAUCUGUCAGCAGACCGGCACUUCCGGCUGGCCCUGGUAGUCCUUCUGCUUUAGAAGGAGCCCCUGAGGUCCAAGCUACCAGUAUGAGCCCGCCUCCUCAGUACGACAGUUUAGUGAAGCGGUUAGAGUUUGGACCAGCUCCUCCGAGAGGGCUCUCCCAGGGCACCCAGUCUCCACAGGGAGGAGUCAAGAUCCUGCUAUGAGAGAAAAAAGGGCGAGCCACCUCCCUCCUUCCUUCCAUAACCUCACCCGACUCCCUCUCCACCUCCCUCCUUAAUAAACUGCAGCAAUGGGACUUUUUUGAACUGAGCUGUCUUCCGUUGUCGCCACCUUGUCCUUGCUCCAUGCCCCACAUAAACAACACAUGGACUUCUGCUGCCUCAGGCUAGCAUCACCAUAUCAUAGCAAGCAGCAUUACAGCUUGUGUAAAAUCAAGGAAAGCAGAACCUACUGCUUACACUUAAUCUAAUACUGUAUGUCUGACAGUGUGGUGAGUAGCAUCCAAACAAAUCCUUCUGUGUCUACUGAUUUGCUUUGCUGUUUGCUGUGAUGGAUCGAGCACAACAACGCUGUGAUAACAUUGCCACUCCCAUAAAACAAAUCUUGUUGCACUUGUCUAUUGAUAAUGACGUAGGAACCCAGAUAAGAACCAGUUAAAUUAUUUACAGGCACUGGAAGAGACCCUGGCAUAGGGACCAAGAACCUGGGGUGUUAUUUAUAAAAAGGUUUAUGACCAAGUUUAAACCAAAGCUGUGAUAAAUGAAUGAUAGAUCAAUUAUAUCAAUUGUAAAAGUAAAUCAUUAGGUUGUUUUCUUUCUGUUUGUGUGUGGGGGGGGACGGGACAUUAGGGUCCUAAUGGCCUGAGGGUAGAAGCUCUUCCUGAGCCUCUCAGUGCUGGCCUGGUGUACCCUCCUCCCGACCACAGCAGGCAGAAAAAGACUGUUAUCUAGGCGGUUGGGAUCCUUAAUGAGUCUCCUAGCCUUAUUCUUGCAGCGCCUGGUGUUAAUGAUAUUUUUCAUUUCUGUUUUUGUUCUUUAUGCAUUGAAGUAUGGGCUUAAGUAAUAUAGGACUAAUUAAUAUUGUUGUCAAUUAACUUGUAAGUUACUAGCUUAGCUAUUAACUAGCAGUUAGCUAGAUAUUGUUGGCUAAAAAAGACGAGCCCCCAUAUAUUUUUUUCUAGAAGAGACUCAAUAUUCUCCCCUGCUACAAAAAUUUCAAGUUGAUAAUGAAUUAGUUGCUUCCAUGAAAAGGAGUUGGUGUUUAGUAUUUUAGCCAUCGCUGCCUUCAUCCAUGUUUUUACCUCUUCAGUUUGUAGGCCUUGCUUUGUUGUGUUAUUUAAAAUACAGAAAUGGGUCAUCUGUUCCUCAUGCUGCCAGGCUUCAUAGAAAUGGGGGAUGACACGUUCCUUCAGUCGGGCUUAAGAAGUCUCACACAUUAGUCUUUUUUUUUAAUUGAAUUUGACUAAGCUCCAUUUUUUAUUACCUCCUUCCUGCCAUUGCACAGACUUGUUUUCGCAGACUUUAAUUAUGUUCUGGUAGGCAACGCUUAUUAGUGUGAGGAAUAGGAACAGGUUUUCUGCCUUGGCGAUUUUCAUUUGUCUUGCUGCAGAUUUAUGAUCACGUGUUACAAAGAUUUCAUUUUCUUACUGAUUUUAGUUGACUGGAAUUUAGAGCGGCACACGUGCACUACUGAAUGUAUAGAAAUAAGUCUCUCAUAUGUCUGAGAGAUGAGUUGUAUGGUGGGCGGGCCGGAAAAAUACCAAGCAAUAAUAGAUUUUAACAGGUCAAAGAUAAGCACAGUUCAUAGUAUAUUUGUGUAGCUAUAUAGAGCCUAUAUUGAAUACCCCUGUUUCCUGCCUUUUAGUAAGAGAGAUUGUGAAUGGGGAAAUAGAAUGAUUAACCCUUUUAAUGUGACGUUUACCCUGAGAAUUUUCUGGUUAGAGUUGUCACUACUGCCAUCCAGCAGCUCAUGAAGCAGAUAUUACAGAACAUAUCUAAAUCUCAUCUUUAUUAAGCAGUCGUCACUGUACGCUGCACUGUAGCCUACAGGUAUGUGGUUCAUACAUAUGAGAGUUCCUGCCCCCUCUUUGCUGUUUCACCUUCCUUGAACUAACGUGCUGACUGUAAAUUGUAACCCAUGACCACUGUGUACUGGCUGUUGUGUGCAGCAUCUCUGCAACUGCUUCUGUGUAUGGACUUAUAACUGUAUGUGCCUGAGGUACUAUACCCAACUUUUAUCCUGUUGGUUUGCAGUUGUUUUUCUAUUGAACCAAACAGAUGAGAAUAAUGUUCUGUUGUGAUGAUUCAGGUCAAUCUUUGAAGUCACUGACCAAGAUGGAAACAUUAAAAGGGAGAAAGUCACAACUUUU